AUGAAUAAUUAUAUGCCAAAGAGUUUUGAUGAAAUAUUAAUGAAUCCGAAGGAUAAAUCAAGCAUUUUAAAGUUUUUUAUAAAUUUAAUAAAAUUUAACAAUGAUCCAAUUUUAAGUAAUGAAUUAAAAAGUUAUUGUAGAGAUUGGCAAGAUGUAGAUGUAUUCAAUUUGAAAAACAUAUGCAUUAUAUUAGGUUCUCCAGGAAGUGGAAAAACAACAUUAAUAAAAUAUCUAUGUGAUAAAUUAAAUAUGAGAGAAUGCUACUAUGAGCCUGAAUCACAGGAUCGCAUCAAUUUCAUUAGAAGUAUGAAUGAAGAAGAAGAAAAUAAUCAUUAUUAUCAUCCUUAUAAUAAUUUCUUAUUAUACUCUAAUUGCCAAAUAGGAAAUACCGAAAAACCAAAAAUAUUAUUAGAAAAAAAAAAAGAACAAAAUAGAAAAAAAUGUGAUAACCUAUUACAAAUUGAAACUUCUAAUAAAAUAAAAAGAAUAAAUAAUGCAGAAGAAAAUUUUUAUUCAAAUAAAAUAUUAAAAAUUUCCACAGAAACUAAUAACAGAAAUAUAAAAAUAAAUGACUAUGCUUUAAUUACUAACCUAAAAAAAAAAAUAAUAGAAGAUUCAAUUGAAACUAAUAAUAUUAAUGGAAGAAUAGCAAAUGGUUUCUUUAAAGUACAUGAUUUAUUUAUAAGUAUAUUGCUGAAUUUAAUUAAAACGAAUCUAUUAGAAGAAAGGGAAAAUGAUUGUCUAUUUGUAUCUAAUGAUUUCAAUAGAAUAAUAAAUAAAAACUCUGUUGUUGCUGAUAAAAUAAUGAAAAAAAUAAAUAGUGUUUUAGAUUUAUCACAAAAAUUGAAGGAGCAAAUUAUUGAAAAUUCUAUUGAAGCUAAUAAAAUAAAGAAAAAAAGAAUUAUUGAUUUAUUUGUUGAUAACAAUUAUAGCGAACAUAUAAUUAAUGAUUUAAAUGAGUCCAAUAAUUUAAAUGAAAAAAUAAAUAAGGGCUUUAAUGAGUCAAACUAUUUGAAUAAGAAAAUAAUUAAUAAUUUAAAUUUAUAUAAUAACUUGAAGGAAGAAAUAAAUGAAGAUUUAAUUUUAUCCAAUACUUUAAAAGAAGAAUUAAAUUACUUAAUUAAAACAAAAAACUUGAAGAAAAAAAUUGAGGAUUUGCUAAUGCAUAACGAUUAUUUGAAGAAACAUAAAAAAAAUAAUUUCAGGUUAAAAGAAAUAUACGAUUAUUUUACUAGUAAUAAUUCUGAUGAAACAAACAGUGAUCAUAUAUCAAGCAAAUUAAAUAGAGAAAUUAAAUAUUUUAUUGAAUAUAAUAAAUCAAAGGAUAUAAUAAAAGAGUUAACUGUAACUAAUAAUUUAAAGCAAAAAAUAAGUGAAUGUUUAGAAAUUGAUUACAAAUUAAAUGAAAUAAUAAAUGAAAUAAAUUUUAGAGAAAAUAAAGAAAAAAAGGAAGGACUUGAUAAUAUUAUUUUAGGUAAUUGUAUAAAUAAAAAAAUAAAUGAUUCAGUUAAAGAUGAAAAUUACAAAGGAAAGUUAAUUGAUUUAAUUGUCGCUAACUAUAUUAAUGAAUAUAUAAUUAACGAUUUUAAUAUCAGCAAUACAGUAAAAGAACUUAUAAUUAAUAAUAUGUUCUUAAGUAAUCAUUUAAAGGAUAUAUUUAUUAUUAACUCAAGUGUAAUUAAUCAUUUAAAGGAAGAAAUAAUUAAUGAUUUUAUUGCAGCAAAUAGUUCAAAUGGAAGAAUAGAUGAUAACUUAAAUAUAGAGAAAAAUUCUAUAAAAAAAAAAAAUGAUUCAACUGAAAACAAUAAUUCAAUUAAAAAGUUAAAUAGUAAUUUCACAAUAACUAAUAAUUUAUAUAAAGAAAUUGAUUUUUUUGUUGAAAAUAAUAAUUCAACGAGUAAAACAAAUGAUCCAAUUUAUGAUAAUAAUUCAUGUGAACAAAUAAAUGAUUCAAUUAAAGGAAAUCAUUUAAAAGAAAAAUUAAAUGAUGAAUUAAAUAUAUCUGAUAAAUUAUAUAAAAAAUUGAUGAAUUAUUUAUACGAAAUUUAUAAAUUAAAUAAAAAAAUAAUAAAUAAAUUAGAUAAGUCUAAUGAUUUAUUUGAAGAAACCAUUAUCUAUCUUAAUGAAAGUAAUGAUUUAAAAACAAAUUUGCUUGACAAAUUUGUUGAAGUUAUUGAUUUAAGAGAUAAAAUAACUGAUUCCUUUAUAGCUAAUAAUUCAAAAGAAAAGAUGGACUGCUUAAUUACAACUAAUAGUUUAUAUAAAAGAAUAAUGAAUAUCGAUUUAAAAAAAAAAAGGGAAGAAGAAAAAAAGAAAUUACAUUAUGAAGAAAAUUAUAUAGUAACUCGCGCUGUUAUUAUUGAUGAACUACCAGUUACAGAAUUAGAACAUUCAGAAGAAUUUAGAGAUAGUUGCAAGGCUUCCAUGCAAUUUGUAUUUAAUCGUGUAGAUCACUGCAAACAAGAAUACUUAAAGUAUUCAAAAGAAAAGAAUCACCAAAAAUAUUUAGAAUGUUAUACAAUCCAUCCUAUAGUAAUUUGUAUAAAUUCCUAUGAACAAAUAAAGACAGUUAAUACGUUACUAGGAAUUGAUAUUAAUUACUCCCCAUAUGUUCAUUUUAUAAAAUUAAAAAAAAUACAUUCACUGUAUCUUGAAAAAAUAUUAACUGAAAAAUAUUAUUGUAGAAUGAUAAAGUCAAAUAAAGAAACAAAAGAAAUUAUAAAGCAUUAUGCACAUAAUUGUAAUGGAGAUAUACGAUCAUGUUUUAACGCAUUAGAUUUUUUAAAUAGAAUUCCUGAUCUAAAUAAGAUGUCUCUUGAAGAAAUAAAUAAUGUUUCUACUUUAUGUCAAAAUGAUAUAUUUGGUUUUGUUAAAAAAGUAUUAUAUCGUAAUAUAGGUACAGAAAUUAUUUCAACAAGAGAUUUGCAUUCAUCAAACAAUUUAAAUUGCGAUUUUCAUUUUAGUAGUCUAUGCACACAUAAAAAUGAAGAUAAUUUUAUUGAAGACAUUACAAAUAAAAAUGUAUGCAAAUCUUCUUUAAGCAUAAAUAAUAAUGAAGAGAUAAACAAAAUUGAUAACACAAAAAAUAAUGUUUUAGGAACGAAGAAUAAAGUAAAAAAUUUAAUAAACCCUUUAAAUAUUACCCAAAUAGAAUUAAUGGAUAAGGGACCCGAUAACAUGAAUAGAAAAAAUCAUUCUUAUAUCAACAUAUUUAAAGACUUGGAUAAUAAAGCUGAUAUGAUGAGUAUAUCUGAGAAAUUUCAAAUCUUAUCAUUAUUAAAAGAAAAUUAUUUAUUUUUUUAUAAUAGUUUAUCUGAUAUUGCAACAUUGAUUUCUAAUUUGAGUAUUAUUGAUUAUUCUUUUCGAGGAAUAGAUUGCUCAAAUCUUUUAAUGAGAAAAUCAUAUGACAAUUUAAGCGAUGAUAUUAUAAGAUUUAUAAAUGAUCAUUUUAGAAUAACUUAUAGAUAUUAUCUCGUAUGUAACAAAAAUCCUAGAAUUCCAAUAGGAAAUCCUUUAUUCCCUCCUGAUUCAGAGGAGAAAUAUACUGUACAUGUAAUUAAAAAAAAAAAAUUUGAAUAUUUUAUGCAAAAUCCUGAUACAUUAAAAAUGUCUUUUACAUUUAAAACAAAUCCUAUGAAUAAAUAUUAUCACCAUUUUAGUAUAGUAAGAAAAGAAUUGUAUGACAGAUAUAUUAUGAUUGCAAUUAAAAAAUUAAUUAACCAAAAUAAAAAUAGCAUCGACAGUAUUGCAUCUAAAUAUAGUUUUUUUUUGCGCGGAAAUCAUGAAUUAUUCUCUAGUUUUUUUCCUUGCUACAUAUUGUUGAUUAUAGAAUAUUGGAAUAAUCAGUAUGAAAAGGAAUAUAACGAAAUAAAUAAAGAAAAAAAAAAUGGUUCGUCUUUAAUUGAAAAUAAAAAUGAAUUAAGUAUAAAUUCAGGAUCUUAUUUUAAUAAAUUUCAUGAAAUAACUUAUCAAUUCAAAUCAAAUAUAGGCGAAAAUAGAAAAAGAAGUGAGCAUGUUAAUGGAAUAAUUUCUUUUACUGAAACAUUUAUUACACCCAAAUUUAUAGCUCUUUUUUUUCCUUCUUAUUUGAAGUAUCUAAAAGCUGGCACUAAACAAAAAAAGAAUGUUAAAAAUUUAAUUGGAAAUCAAGCUGUUUCAAAGGAAACAUAUUUUGAAAUGAGAAAUUUACUUCGAUUACAUGAUAUCGAAUUAUAUAAUUAUUUUUUUCAUUAUUAA